GUUGACGUUACUAGCGCCAGCUGUCAGUUCAAGCUAGCAGGGCUGCUAGUUGCCCUACCGCGUUGUUACGAUUAGUUGUACAAUUCUUUUUAGAUUACGCAGCGUCCGUUGGAUUUUUUCGGCGGCAUUACACUUAAAAAUGCACGAAUGAAAAAAGUGCAUAUAUUUUAUUCGCACAUGUUGACGUGGUGUAGCUGCGUUCGGAUACGAGGGAACUGUAGCCAGCUAGCUUGUUGUUAGCCACGGAGAAAUCUGGUGCAGACAGGUUUUGCACACACAGCUUGUUUGGAAGUCAUUGUUCACGGCCGGAAAACUUGUGUCAUAAAGGAGUGUAACGUGAAAGACCAUGUGGCUUUAUGACGAAGCUAAGCUUGUACAGCGAAUAUGUCUUGUUUUAAAUUAUGUUUAAGCAAUAUUAUGAAUUUAUUUCAGUUAGAUUGUCUCUCGUAUUGUACCAAAGCCUAAACUUACCCGAGUACAAUUGAUCUUAAAUUUUCUUUUGUCUAACUGUUGUACUAGUGGAGCUAGAAUCGAGUUUAUUGUGAAAAAGAACGUUUGUUUAAAAUAACAAAUAUGGAUAAGAAAUCGUUUGAUAUUGUCUUGGAUGAAAUAAAGAAGUGCGUUUUGACCGAUCAGCGCAUCAAAGCCAUAGAGCAGGUGCAUGGCUAUUUCUCCAGUGAGCAGGUGAUGGAGAUACUGAAAUACUUCUCAUGGGCAGAGCCACAGAUCAAAGCAGUUAAGGCCCUACAGCAUAAAAUGGUUGCUAUACCAACAACCAAAGUUGCAAAUAUACUGAACUGCUUCACCUUCUCCAAGGACAGACUGAUUGUUCUGGAGCUAAUAGCUUUGAAUAUUUCAGAUGCCCAGAAUUACCGUCCAGUAGAGGAUCUGUUUCGCAUACACUUGUCUGAGAAGAAACGUGCUCGCAGGAUCUUGGAGCAGGUGUGUAAGGUUGGUUGCAAGGCUCCGGUAGCCAUGAUCUCCUCCUGUGGGAUGAUACCAGGAAAUCCAUACCCCAAAGGGAGACCCAGCCUGGUCAAUGGUACAUUCCCUGGAAUUCCGCCAUUAAAAAAAGAAGAGAAGAAAGACGAUCCAUCCAACAAUAUGGAGGGAAAAGGAAUUGCUUCCCGUAUUAUUGGACCAUUCAAACCAUUUCCUUCAACUUACAAUCCUCAUCGGCCUGUUCCCUAUCCCAUACCACCAUGCCGACCUCAUGCUACCAUCGCACCAAGUGCGUACAACAGCGCAGGCCUUGUUUCUAUGGGAGGGGUUAUAACAGCCAGUGUGCCCCCUCCUCCCUACAACGCUACCCACAAAGUAGCAGGUUACGCCAAACCAGGAAAUCCACAAAACACCACACCUGGAGUCAACAGUGGACCGCUCCUCAUUCCUCAUGGGUCUACGCCUUCUACCCCUGUCCCACCCCAGUCUCCUGCACAGCCGCCUCCCACAACUCCCAUCACACCAGUUUUCCCCGGCAUGGUGCCAUCUCACAACCAUAAUGCUCCCUCUCCGGCCCCAGCUCCAUCACCAUCUGUCAUCAAAGUAGGACCACAGACCCUCAGUGAUCGUGCUACACCUACACCCUCGUCUGUCAUUAAGGCCCAUACACCCUCAGGUACACCUUGUGGAACUCCUGUCCCUGGCAGUGGGGGCUUCACCUCCUCCCCGUUCCAUGUAAUUUCCCGACCAGGUACUCCUGCUACCUCUCGUGGUGGUCCAGAACCCCUACCUCAAGUAAACUCCAUGGGCUCAAAUCAGCAGAAGGUUUUUUCCCAGUCAGCAGACCACCGGUCAGGAUCCCCUUUUGCUGGCAUACACCCACAAUCAGGUAACCCUUCUGGGUCAGUGAUCCGCAGUUAUACUCCCUCUGGAACACUUUCUGUCACUCCGGGAUCAUCAACUCCAGUAAUUCCAAGCUGUUCCACCCCAGGUCCCAGUUCCAAGCCCUCUCCAGGUCAUUCUGCACAGACUCAGGCAGCCAUGACAAUGGCUGGAGCCCUGAACAGGCACUCUGGGAGCAACAACAGUGGUAGUAACAGCCCGGUGCCUUCUGCUUUUAAGGGCGCCUCUCGCUCUGGCACCCCAUCUCUUAGCUCUCUAGGUGUACCAGGUUCUGCACAGGCGCAAACAGCCCUGGCACGUUCUUUGAGCCUGUCACACCCUUCUGGUUCUCCUCAAGUCUCUCUGCCUAGUCCUGUUGCUAUCACUGGCCUCCAAGCUCUGUCUUCCAGCCCAGCACCCCCUCAUUAUCCUGGCCUGUCCCCUUUUCCCUCACUUUCUUCCCCUCUCCCGAAUUCUACCAUUCCUUCAUCCGUGCCCACCGUGCCUCCCACUACCAACAUUUCUAAUCACCAGCCAACUUCCAUCUACCCAGGCUUGGCUCCCAGUGCUAGCCCCAGUGCCGCUUCCCCUUUUGGUCUUGGCCUCACAUCUGCGCCUUCUAUAUUCCCAGGCCUUCCGCCUGGCCCUAGCCCCACUGCCUUCCCUGGACUUGGCGUGUCAGGGGGUCAUAGUGCAGGAAGUCCUGUAUUGUCUUCAUUCAUGGGACUGCCAGGUGCAACUCCUUCUUCAGUCGCAUCAGUGGCACCUCUGCAGGCAGCGGCAGCAGCAGCGGCAGCAGCAGCUGGGGUUCCAUCAUCGUCACCAGUUUUGCCAGGCUUUGCAUCUGCUUUCAGCUCCAAUUUCCAGCCUGGGCUGAGCAGUGGACUCCAGCCUCCAGGAAGCAGCGGGUUCCCUGGUUUGCUGUCCUUCCCUGGGGUACCAGGGUUCUCUCCUUCUGCCUCCCCUGCCACCCUUGGUGGUCUCCACAAUCCAACUAUGCAGUCUGCACUUCUGCAGGCUCAUUCCACAUCUGCUUUGGAGAGCUUUCCUCCUCAGGCCAACAGUUUCACCAACUACCCCCCUGGCCCAGGAAACCCCUUUCCUCUCCAACCAGGCCUGCACCCCCAGUUGGGUUGGCAGUGAAAUCCACAGUUAGCCUAUAUUGAGUAGACCCUUAUCAUACUUUGCCCUACCCCUCAGGAGUUUAUGGCUUGGCUAAAGACUUUACAGUAUGCAGCCCAACAGAUGUGGAUUUCAGUUAUUGUGUACAGGGUGUUACAGACAGAAUGUCUUACUACUGUGAGGAACACUACCAUAAAAAUAGUGAAAUAAUGAACGGAGGAAACGGUAUGCAUGAAUUAGGUCUAUUACUGUCAGUAAACAGUUGUACAUAUGAAAUGGCAACAUUGUUUUAGGUUGCAUAAGUAGAUUGUGAUUGGUUUUAAUGUUACCUGAUUUUAAGUUUUUAAUAAUGUCUAUCAUUAUUAGUGAACAAUGGAUUAUAGGUCAUAGGUCAAUGUACACAUGAUCAUGCAAUUCAUUGGCUGAAGCCUCAUAUAGUAUUUUAUAAAUUGACCCUGUGACUUAUGAUACUUACUUAGUGUCCUGAAUUAAAUAUCGUAUUAUGAAAUUAACUUCUUUGAUUAGGGCAUUGAUAUUUUUAAUCUUUGUGCUGUGACAGCGGUGCUUUACACAAAACUUGCAUUCAGCAGCUUUAUUCAUGUUGCUGCUACCAGUGAACAUACUGUCAGUAGUAAUACACAUCCAUAUGUAUUAAUGUUCACAGCACUGCAGUAUAUUACCAGAAAUACUGUAAGCAGACAUUUCUAAGAAAGGUUGUUUUAACUAGUAUGACUUAAACCAAUAAACUGUCAUUGUUUUUCAGUGACUACAGUCUAGUAGUAGUUGAGGCAACAUGAGUUUUCUCAGCUACUGUUACAUCAUUUACAUAAUUCUUAAGGAGUAAUAUACAUUUUGUUUGUUUCACUGUCUUUUGUCGGUCUUGCCUUUUUUUUGUAUUUGCAUGUUUUAUUAUUUUGUCACUAAAUUGCUUUUUGCUGUA